AUCUACACUGAUCAUCAGAGCACUGAUGAUCAGUGUGCCCUGAUGAUCAGUGUAGCCCCAGCAGUGCCACCUGUCAGUGUCCAUCAGUGCCAGCUGUCAGUGCUCAUCAGUGCCACGUGCAAGUGCCCAUCAGUGCCACAUCAAUGCCACAUAUCAGUGCCUACCAGUGCAUAUCAAUGCCACAUAUCAGUGCCCAUCUGAGCUGCCUUUCAGUGUCACCCAUCAGUGCCAGUCAGUGCCACCCAUCAGUGCUGCCAAUCAGUGCCACCUAUCAGUGCCAGUCAGUGUUGCCUAUCAGUGCGCAUCAGUGCCGCCUAACAGUGCCAGUCAUCAGUGCCACCUAACAGUGCCAUAUAUCAGUGCUGCCUUUCAGUGCCCAUCAAUGAUGCCU